UCGAAACAGCGUCUCAGUCGGGAAUCCGUCUCGGAGUAUUUCACUUGCUUGCUUGCCGUCGGUCCGUCGAGUGCAGAAAUGAAUAUCGCUGUUAUUGGCGCAGGUGUCGUUGGCGCCGCGACGUCUCUCGCCAUUAAGGAAGCAUUUCCGGUCUCACGAGUCACCGUCUUCGCCGACGCUUUUUCGCCCCAGACGACCGGCGACGGAAGUGCGGGACUCUGGACUCCCUAUCUUUUGGGAAACACCCCCGCCGAAGACGUCUUGCGUUGGUCCGGAGAAACUUAUCGCUGGAUGCUGAGUAUUUGGAAAAGCGAGUCGGCGGGAGAUGCUGGGGUUUCUCUUAUUCCGAUCACCAGGGUGACCAGCGAUGCUCGGGGCGUUCCCGAGCAGGCUUGGACUUCUACGGUUUUUGGCUCUCGCAGAAUGUCCCUCGGCGAUUUGAGGAGACUGAACGAGGAGCAGGCUGCUGAAUACACAAGCGGAUGGCAAUUCAUAACUUUCACUGCCGAACCAACGCGCCUCAUACCCUGGAUUUUGGCGAAAUUUAAAUCACUAGGCGGAAAUAUUGUGAAAAGGAAAAUUUCGAAGCUUGAUGAAUUAGUUGACGAAAGUUUUGACCUGUUGGUCAACUGCACCGGUCUUGGAGCUCGCGAUCUGAUCGGAGACGCGACAAUGCAACCUGUUCGAGGACAGGUCUCCAGGGUUGAGGCUUCCUGGGCAUUUCAUGUAUUCCUUGUUGAAGACGAAGCCGGAAACUACGUAAUUCCAAAUGUUGAAAGCGUGGUUCUCGGCGGCACUCAUCAGGAAAAUGAUUACGACUGCAGGAUUCGAGAGGAAGACGAAAAGUUCAUUCACGAAGGAUGCUGUAAAUUGCUUCCAGCUUUACGGGAAUGUAAUAUCAUAAAGCGAUGGGUUGGUCUUCGUCCUGGCAGACCUCGAGUACGAUUAGAAACAGAAAGUCGAGCAGCAGAGAACGGGAAGAAAUUUACGGUCAUUCAUAAUUAUGGACAUGGUGGAAGCGGAGUUACUUUAUGCUGGGGUUGCGCACUCGAUGUUGUGAGAAUCGUGCACGGUUUGAAGGCUGAGAAGAAUCUCUCCAAAUUAUAAAAAAAAAGUUUAUCAAACCGGUCGUGUUGCUUGAUAAGAAUAUCUCUACCUAAUACUAUUCUCACUUCUUAUUUCAACUUUUUUAUUUAAAACUACUAGCGUCGAUCGAAGUCUCGACGAUUACUUUGCGUUAAAACUGUUAAAGACGACCAAUAGUCGGAAUGAAAAGUGACGAAGUAGGACGAUGAGUUCCGUUCAUAAUCCCUGAGGUUUUCUUCCAACGUGAAGAAUCGGAAUUUCCAACGGGGAAAUUAUUUAGCGUAGGUACGAGAUUCGUGCGAUAAACGUGAUUGUUCGUUAAUAUAUUAUUGCACAGAGCACGCAGAGUUGCCGGUGCAGCGGAUCGCCACCCCUGGUAAUAAAUUAACAGUUUAAUUAUA